AUAAAUCAGAAUAUUCCUAUAUAAAGUUUAGCAGAAUUCCCUAUGAACAGAAUAAUGAAGAUCAUUACAGGAGCCCCAUAUACUUGAGAAUGAGGGAAUCCCAGCCAUUUUCAUCAGUCUAGUCAUAUUAAUGAUGUCCAUCCUAUGAUUUUUUUUCUAUUUACAGAACUUCACUAAAUAAAGCGGAUUCUCGUUUUAUAAAAUAAAAGAUUGAAAUCUUGGAGAAGGAAACGUCAUUUUCUUCUUUCCAGGAGAAAUCUUUGCAGCCUCCCUCCCCCAAAGCCUCAGUGUAACAGAAAAGGCCUCUCACUUUUUUCUACAUGCAAGAGGAAGAGAGGGAAAUGAAGUGCAGAAAAAAAUGACAUUUUGCAAAAGUUCCCCACUUCUGUACCACGUGACUCCCCCUCCUCAAGGAACAAAAAAUAGUCCAGAUAUUAAAACUACGAAAAUAUCCUUCCGCCGCAAACGUGGAAUCCUUCCACUUCCCUAGUGAAUCUCCGCAGUCCCAUUUCACGGUUUCACGAUUGAGUUGCGGUGUAGAACACCGACCUUUGUGAGAAAGGUUUGAGAGAACGCCUUAAAAUCCGCGGAGGGAUGAUGUGGCGCGGCGGACUAUAUAGCGUAAGACAGGCGGAGGGAUUUUGAGCGGUGGCCGCGGAGGGAUACGCGGCGUCGCUUGUUCGCUGACUCUUGCUGAGAAGCCAUGAUGGGAGCUUGAGCGUGCGGCGGCCGUGGCGGAGACAUGAGACGCGGCAGGCAGGCUCCUGCACCGAGCACACCGGGCCACCUUGCUCCGGCUGCCUAGAGAUCUGGAGAUCCGGCACAGGAAGCGACCGAGGACUAGGAGCAGGGCGCAGCGCCCCGGAUAUACUGAUUUCCCCCCUGGAUCACGACUGCGAGCCCGGCUAGGGUGGAGGGGAGACCCGGGAAGGACUUGUGCACUCCGGGCGGAAAGACUCUUAGGAUACACCGGAGCAUUAUUGUGGGAGCCGCCAGGAGGUAGUAGGCCGCAGACCCCCGCUUGUCGUGUGGUCCCUCCGGCCAUACUCUGGCCUCCCCCGGCAGCCCCCGGAGCAGCAGCAGUAGGAGGAGGAGAAGGGGGCGGAGAGGGGACCUGCACGGCCGGGGAGAGGAGGCAGAACACGGAGCCGGGGCCGCUGCUGCCCCCCACCAGCAGCACCUCUCAGCCCCCCUCUCCUCCUUCUUCCCCACCCCCCGGCUCCCCGACAUGACUGCCAUCAUCAAGGAGUUCGUCAGCAGGAACAAAAGACGAUACCAGGAGGAUGGAUUCGACUUGGACUUGACCUAUAUUUAUCCUAACAUAAUUGCCAUGGGCUUUCCAGCAGAAAGACUUGAAGGUGUAUACAGAAACAAUAUAGAUGAUGUUGUAAGGUUUUUGGACUCCAAGCAUAAAAACCAUUACAAGAUCUACAAUCUAUGUGCUGAAAGACAUUAUGACACCAACAAAUUUAGCUGCAGAGUUGCACAGUACCCUUUUGAAGACCACAAUCCUCCACAGUUAGAACUAAUCAAACCUUUUUGUGAAGAUCUUGACCAAUGGCUAAGUGAAAACGACAAUGUAGCAGCAAUCCACUGUAAAGCUGGCAAAGGACGUACAGGAGUAAUGAUCUGUGCUUAUUUGCUACAUCGAGGAAAGUUUCUCAAGGCACAAGAAGCAUUAGAUUUUUAUGGAGAAGUGCGGACCCGAGACAAAAAGGGUGUGACAAUUCCCAGCCAAAGGCGCUAUGUAUAUUACUACAGCUACUUGUUAAAAAAUAAUUUGGAUUACCGACCAGUGGCACUUCUGUUUCACAAGAUGAUGUUCGAAACUAUUCCAAUGUUCAGUGGAGGAACUUGCAAUCCCCAAUUUGUCAUCUACCAACUGAAGGUUAAGAUAUUUACAUCCUCCACAGGACCUACAAGACGUGAGGAGAAGUACAUGUAUUUUGAUUUCCCGCAGGCUCUUCCUGUUUGUGGGGACAUAAAGGUUGAGUUUUUCCACAAACAGAACAAGAUGAUGAAGAAGGAGAAAAUGUUUCAUUUUUGGGUAAACACGUUCUUCGUACCUGGUCCUGAUGAAUAUUCAGAAAAAGUAGAGAAUGGAUCAUUAGUUGGAGAACAAGAACUUGAUGGUAUAUACAGUACAGAACGUUCAGACAAUGACAAGGAGUAUCUUACCCUCACAUUAACAAAAAACGACCUAGAUAAAGCUAACAAAGACAAGGCCAACAGAUACUUCUCUCCAAACUUCAAAGUGAAGCUAUUUUUCACAAAAACAGUAGAAGAAUCUUCAAAUUCAGAGGCUAGCAGCUCCACUUCUGUGACACCGGAUGUUAGUGACAAUGAACCUGAUCAUUACCGAUAUUCUGACACCACUGACUCUGACCCAGAGAAUGAACCUUUUGAUGAAGAUCAGAUUACACAGAUUACAAAAGUCUGAAUAUUUUCCUUAAUUUUUUUUUCAUUUUUUUUUUUUUUUUUUUUUUUUUAAUCGAGGGAAUUAAAACCACAGAAAAGACAAACUUGAAUAAACUGAAAGGACCUUUUUAAAUGGCAUUGUCAGCCUACCAUAGGAGCAAUUAUUUUCUUUCCUUGACCAAUAUUGUUUUGCCCCACAGGGUUUUUGGCACUGCUGUCCAGUGAAAUAAAAAGAGGAAAAAAAACAGUAAAAUUUAAGAAAAGGUUACGUAGCAUUGUUAUGUAAAUAUCCUUUUCGUGUCAAAAGGACAUUUAAAUCUUAAAAUUAGGAUAAAUAAAGAUGGCACUUUCCCAUUUUAUUCCAGCUUUUUUUUGUUUUUUUCUUUGUUACCCCCUCCCCCUCUUUAAGUGGAGCUGUGUAUACGUAGUUUUAUUCCCAAUUUUAUUUUAUUUCCCUCUCCAACUGAAGUUAACUGUGUGCUUUGUGAAAUACAAGGUUCACCUCCUGCCUCUUCACAGCCAUUGUGGCAACAGAUAAAAAUUUUAUUCAGCUAACAGAUGUUUGAGGGUUAUUUUGUUGUGCGUAUGUAUUAAAAGCGGUGGAUAGUGAAUAUUUAAACCUGAAUCUACUUCCAGCUUGAUUCAUAUACCAUCUCAAAACUAUUACAUGCUCCUUUGUUUAGCGUGCCGCAGUAAAUCCUGAACAUAUAAGGAAUUGUCCACUUUCGCUGGCUGCUCAUUGUUUGUGCUGUUUUUUUUUUUCUUUCUUCUUCUUUAAGCAUAAUGGUGCUAGAAAAGGCAGCUAUAGGAAGCGGUUCUUUAAGAGGUACAGGAUUGAACCAUCCAAAUCUUCACAUGCAGGCCCACACAGAGUUCUAAAGCCAACAGGGUCAUCCGUUUAAUCCGUACAGGUAUACAGACUAGUCGUCCAUAGAGAAAUGUAUUUUGAUUAUUUGAGGACAAGAAAUCCCACUCCUAGAGUGUCCUUCACGACAGACUGCCCCAUUGACGGUUUCCAUCACUUGUGUCUUAUCAAGGCUAAUUUGGCAUCUGGGUGCCAGAAAAAUCUCAGUAUAGUAGUUUGCGCUUACUGGAAGUCUGUUUUCCAUCCCCUUAUGCCCUUGGCAGAUAUAAACUAUUUUAACAGUACAAGAAGUUAGUGUUUUGAUUCUAACAAUUGUUCUGAAAAGCAAAAGAAAAAUGAUCCAUAAAUUAUAUGUUGCCUAAAUGUCAGCUGAUAGACCUUCUGGACCUUACACAUUCUAUUACAAUGAGUUUUGCAGUUUUGCACACUUUUAAUGUCGUUAACUGUUAGGGAAUUUUACUUGAAG